AUGGCGGAUGUCUUCUCUUCCUUCUCCCCUGCUCCAUCGCUCCGAGCUCUCCGUGGCGGAGGAAGCAUUGAAUCCUCUAUACUCCCACAGAGAUGCCAGCUUCUCUCCUUUUCUCUCCACCGUCUCACCUCCGCCACCACCGGCCGGAAGAAGAAGGCGGCGGAUAGGCCUGUUCUCUCUUGCUCCUGCGCCGCCCACGGGACGCCAACUUCCACCAGGGUGCAGAGGAGGCAACCGCAUCGGAGGUCUUCUUCCCCGAUGAUUCCGGUGGUCAGCGAAGGUCGGGACGAGGACGGGGAUCUCAUGGUCUGCCCCGGCUGCGGCAUCGUCAUGCAAGACGCAGACCCCAAUCUCCCUGGGUUCUAUCAGAAGCCCCUUGGACGGAAGGCAGAGUUUUCUAGGGACGUGGAUGAAGAUUCCGGGAGUCUCGGGGAGGAUGAUUUCCUUGAGCUGUCCGAGGAGGAGGAGGAGGAGGAGGAGGAGAAGGAGAAGGUGGAAAUUGAGGGUUCCUUUUCGUUAUCCGACCUCGAUGAGGAUUCUCAGUCCGACGGAGAUGUGGAAGAUGACAUUCUAUUUGCAUCGAGAGUGGAUGAGGACGAUGAUGUACCGUCGGAUUGGGACAUCGAGGAGCCGGAGGAGGAAGACGAGACGGUGAAGAAGGAAUUGGAUGGAUUUGGUCCUGCCGGCGUGGGAUAUGGGAACAUCACCGAGGAGAAUGUGAGGAAGCAGCGGGAGAAGCUUUCGAAGUCCGAGAGAAAGCGAAGGGCCAGAGAAGAAGCCAAAAGAGCCUUAGAGAACGCCAUCACAGUCUGCGCACGCUGCCACUCUCUGAGGAACUACGGCCAGGUGAAGAACGAGAAGGCAGAGAAUCUGAUCCCCGAUUUCGACUUCGACCGGCUCAUCGCCACCAGGUUGAUGAAGCCUGCUACCAGUGCUCCGGUAGUGGUCAUGGUGGUUGACUGCGUCGACUUCGACGGUUCAUUCCCUAAACGGGCUGCAAAGUCCUUGUUCAAGGCGUUGGAGGGGAACAAGACCAAGCUCGUCAGAUUGCCGAAGCUGGUGCUGGUGGCAACCAAGGUAGACCUCCUUCCCUCUCAGAUAUCUCCGACUAGGUUGGACAGGUGGGUGCGCAACAGAGCCAAGGCGAAUGGUGCACCCAAGCUCAACGGCGUCUUCCUGGUGAGUGCUCGGAAAGACCUGGGAGUUAGGAAUUUGCUCUCAUUCAUCAAGGAAUUGUCGGGCCCCCGUGGGAAUGUGUGGGUCAUUGGCGCUCAGAACGCCGGGAAAUCUACUCUGAUCAACGCGUUUGCAAAGAGGGAAGGGGUGGGGAUCACGAGGCUCACAGAGGCUGCGGUGCCCGGGACAACACUGGGGAUAUUGAGAAUUGGGGGAAUUUUGCCAGCAAAGGCGAAGAUGUAUGAUACUCCUGGCCUUCUGCAUUCAAAUCUGAUGACCAUGAGACUGGAUCGGGAGGAGCAGAAGAUGGUGGAGAUCCGAAAGGAGCUCCAGCCUCGGACUUACAGGAUCAAGGUGACGAUAUGCUCAUUAAUCUCUUCCAGUUCUUCACUCUGAAUUUAUUUUCCUCUGUGAUCCUGAACUGAAGAACGUGUUAGGUCAAGUUAUUUUCAGAACUUUCAGAUUUCUUUGCCCUGGAUGUCUAUGAUUCUUUCUGUUUGCCUCCAUACAUGAAUACCUCAUCAAAAUUGAAGAAACUUAAUUCGCAUCAAACUUGUCUGCUGAAGAAUAAGAAAGAGGAAAAUUAUGGAGAUAUCAUUGGAAUAUGAUCUGAUCCUAUUCAUGGGGAUUCUCAAAGUAUCCCACUCCAAAAAAAGAAUGGAAAUCUGGAAAAAUUGGGACUUUUUCAGCGAUUCAACAUGGUUAUUAAUUCAUGAUCUGGCAUGUUCAUAAUGAAGCUUUCAUUCUUAGUUCCAUGAUUAUUUUUUUUAUGAAAGCAUUGUAGUUGCUUCUCUUCGAUGGAAGUUUUCUUCCCCAGAAUGUAUUAUCAUUUUAUGCCUAAUUAAUGAUCAAUUCAACCUCUGAUAAAAAAGAUAGACCUUGGUUAUGUUACAUGCCUUCCACAGGUUUAGUACUGAGCAAGUCAGCCUUAGUCUUCCCAUGGAGAGAGAAACCUUUCACAACAUACUCCGAGGGCGAAAAACUUCUGUCAAUAUGUGCUCAUUUUUUUAACCAUACUAGUAAAAUGGCUGAUUUUUUUUAUUAAUUUAUUUUCUCUAAUUAUUUCGUGUUUAUAUCAGGCUGGGCAGACUGUUCAUGUUGGUGGCUUGUUGAGGCUAGACCUGGCGCAGUCCUCAGUCAGCACGAUUUAUGUCACAGUGUGGGCAUCUCCGAGCGUCUCUCUUCAUCUGGGAAAAACAGAAAAUGCUGAAGAAAUGUGGAACAGCCAUGUUGGUGUGAGGCUUCAGGUGAAAACAUAAUCUGAAAAUGAUCGCCAUGAUCAAAUCUCAUGUUUAUUCAUAAUCAUGUCUCCCCUGUGCAGCCACCAAUUGGGGAGGAUCGAGCGUCUGAGCUGGGUCAGUGGAACCCAAGAGAGAUCAAAGUAUCUGGCAUCAGCUGGGAGGUGAAGAGUGUGGACAUUGCAGUGGCCGGGCUCGGCUGGCUCUCCAUUGGACUGAAAGGAGAGGCCACUCUCCUCCUCUGGACAUAUGAUGGUGUUUAUGUGACACAGAGAGAGCCGUUGGUCAUCGACCGAGCUCCGUUCAUCGAGCGGCCGGGGUUCCUGCUCCCAAAGGCAAUCUCUGAUGCCCUGGCAAGAAAGAGUAAGAUCGAGACAGAUGCCAUGAAGGAGAAGGACGAUGAAAGCUGA